AUGAAACGAAAAGAACGUAGCUGGAUGUACGAAAGGAAGGUUGGGAAUUCUAUUAAUCCUGAGUUCUUAAAGGGGGUAGAUGAAUUCCUUAAAUAUGUGGAAGAUCAUCUCGAGAGUAGCAACCCGAAUGAAGUUAGGUGUCCAUGUUUUAAAUGCAAAAACAAACGUCUCUGGGAUCCAGAUACGGUCAAACUUCAUCUGUAUCGCAGCGGUUUUUUACCUAAUUACUACGAGUGGAUGUGUCAUGGGGAAGGGUUUCCAGAAACUCGUAGAAGGGAGUCAAAUGAAUAUCGUGAAAUGGUUUUGGAUGCCUUUGGUCAGUCUCAAGAUCAAGGCCAUUCCGAAGAGCCACCUGUUUCAUUAGAGGAGGAGCCUAAUGCACAAGCCAAGCCAUUUUUUGAUUUGUUAAGGGCUUCUGAACAACCGUUGUACGAAGGGAGAUCAUUGUCUGUGUUAGAGAUGGCUUCUAGAAUCACUAGCCUAAAGUGUGAGUAUAAUUUGCCGCACAGAUGUGUUGAUGGAUUUGCUUCUUUGGUUAAUGAAGCGAUUCCUAACAACAACCACAUGGCCGAGACAUUCUAUGAGGUCAAGAAAAUUGUUAAGGGGUUAGAGCUGCCCUAUGAAAAGAUUCAUGCAUGCCCGAAAGGAUGUAUGUUGUUUUGGAAAGAUGAUGCUCAAUUAUCUACAUGUAGGGUGUGUGGCAGCGACCGAUACAAGAAGACUUCUAAAGGUAGCUUAGUGCCUUUGAAUGUUCUAUUUUAUUUCCCUAUCACACCUAGGUUGCAAAGGCUUUUUGCAACUAAAAACAUUUCUGAGGAAAUGACAUGGCAUGCUAAAAAUCCUCGAGUUCAAGGCACAAUGGCACACCCUAGCGAUAGUGAAGCGUGGAAACACCUAGAUAGUUGCUUUCUUGAGUUUGCCUCUGAACCUCGUAAUGUUCGACUUGGCCUAUGUACGAAUGGAUUUGCUCCACAUGGUCGGUUUGGGGGACAACAAUUCAUGUUUCUUUCAUUACUCGUUCCUGGUCCUAAAAACCCUAAGGGCAACUUGGAUGUUUACAUGCAGCCGCUCAUACACGAGUUGAAACAGUUGUGGGAAGUUGGGGCAAAUACUUACGAUAUUUCGAGAAAACAAAAUUUCAAUCUUCGAGCAGCCAUCCUAUGGACCGUUAGUGACUUCCCGGCUUAUGGUAUGUUAUCUGGUUGGACCACAGCCGGUAAUAAGGCUUGUCCAUAUUGCAUGGAGAAAAGCAAAGCAUUUUGGCUCGAAAAUUGUGGUAAGGUUUCUUGGUUUGACUGCCAUCGUCAAUUCCUUCCGACAAAUCAUCCUUUUCGAAAUAGUAAAAAUGCAUUUUGUAAAAACAAAGUCGAAAAAGGUUCACCACCUCACAUCAUGUCAGGAGAGGAACUUUGGGAAUGUGUGAAAAACCUCCCGAAAGCAACAGAUGGCCCCGAGGCACUGAAACGUGUCAAGAAUGCAAAAAAAAAGGUGGUUCAAGCAAAGCACUCUAUGGGACCUUCCAUAUUGGAAACAUCUGCUUUUUCGUCACAACUUAGAUGUCAUGCACGUUGA